AUGGCUGACUUCAAGGAACCUCGCCAGGACUCGGUCUCUCGAUCUUCUGUGCGUAAUGCAACAGAUCAUCAGGCCAUUGACCCCCACAGUGGGGUCAAGCGAGGUCUUAAGACUCGCCAUCUCAGUAUGAUGGCUUUGGCUGGCAUUAUCGGCCCUGGUCUGUUGAUCGGUUCUGGAGGCGCAUUGUCAAAUGGCGGUCCCGCAGCCUUGUUGAUUGGCUUUGGCGUCAUUGGCAUCAUCGCUUUUUCAAUCAUGCAAUCGCUUGGAGAGAUCACCACCCUGUAUCCCAGUGGGGGUGCGUUCACCAGUCUCGCUGAUCGAUUCGUGGAUCCUGCUUUUGGCUGUGCUGUUGGAUGGAACUACUUCAUCAUUUGGGCUGCUGUUCUGUCGAACGAAUAUAAUGUCUUAUCGUCGAUCUUCGUUUUCUGGAGCGAUAAAGUGCCACUGUACGGCUACUUCUUGAUCUUCUGGUUCGCAUUUCUUGGAUUUCAACUACUGGGUGUUGCAACUUUCGGUGAAGCAGAAUUCUGGCUUGCUCUGAUCAAACUGCUCGGACUUACGGCCUACUUCAUUUUCUCCAUCAUCUACGUUUCUGGUGGCCUUAUCGGCCAAGAUGGAGCGUUUGGAUUCCGCUACUGGAACGACCCCGGAGCUUUUGCCAACGGCUUUCGCGGAGUAGCCUCCGUGUUUGUGUUCUGCUCCACCUUCUAUGCCGGUGUCGAGUCGGUUGCAGUGGCUGCUACAGAGACAAAAAACCCCAAGGUUGCCGUCCCCUUGGCCAUCAGACAGGUCUUCUGGCGCAUCAUUUUUGUCUACAUUGGUAGCGCCAUUGCGUUCGGCAUGACAUGUCCAUGGAACGCCGAAGCACUGAUCAAUGGAGAAAGUCGAGCACUCAAGAGCCCGAUGACGAUUGCGAUUCAAAAUGCUGGCUGGGAAGGUGGCGUUCAUCUGAUCAACACUUUUAUAUUCAUCACCUGUCUGUCCGCUGUGAAUAGCUCCAUCUACAUUGGUUCUCGAACUGUUUUGUUCAUGGCACAGGAGAAGAAAGCACCCAAGUUCCUCGGCUAUACCGAUGCUCGCGGAGUGCCUGUCUACGCCAUCAUCUUCACGAACCUGUUCGGAGCGCUCUCUAUGAUGAACAUCUCCACUGGUGCCGGCAAGGCAUAUGGAUACAUUGUCAACUUGUCGGGAGUGAGCACCUUUAUCGUCUGGGGUGCCAUCUCCUUCGUCCACAUCCGCUUCCGCUCGGCCUGGAAAGCUCAAAAUCGAACCGAGCGCCAACUUCCCUUCAAGUCGCUGUGGUAUCCAUGGAACGCAUACUUCGGACUGAGCGCCAACAUUUUUCUGGCUUUAGUUCAAGGCUGGACGACGCUCAGUCCAUUUGACGCUGGUAAUUUUGUUGAUGCAUAUAUUCUGCUGCCUUUGUUCCCUAUUAUUUACUUUGGGUACAAGUUCAUUUACAAGACGAGAUAUCAUCGUGUGCAUGAGAUUGAUUUGGAUUACGGAAGACGACAGGAUGUCGAUGCAGUGGCUGAAGAAGAGGACAGUGGUGAGGAAUAUCAGACUGCUGUGAAAAGGCCUCUUUGGAGAAGACUGCUCAAGAACUUCUAA